AUGACUGAUCAAGGGUUUUCUCCGAAGGUAGUGGAAGGAGGUGCAAGCUUCAGCUCGAUGAUGCCUUUAGGAAGGAAACGACGCCUGUGGCGUCACCAUCACCGGCUUCGGCCAUCGGCCAAACACAAGGCUUGCACCAGGAUUUCAUCCCAUGAGAAUCCAUCCAACAUCCUUUGCAUCGGCCAGACCACAUUCAAAGCCCCAUCUCUGGCUGCCCAGAUCCAGCGACCAUACAUAGCAGCACUCCACCGUGUGAGCCCUGGCGUACCGACCACUACUGGAGUGCACCACCACUGGAGCCUAGAAGGUGGGCCGCCACCCCACCUCACCAAACCGCGAGAGCAUCCGGGAAAUGUCCUGCUCCUGCUCGUCACCGUCACUGAUCCAAUCCAAUUCGGAGCCAAACCACCAGAUGGCCGGCACAGUUCCACCUUGGAGAGAGGCACCACCACGCCAUCCGCCGUGGGCUUCCUGAGUUUCACCUGCCGCCAACGACUAAGGCCGCUGCCUUGGGAUCCGGGUGUCAUCAUUAACACCUUCAGCGACCUCGAAGAUGCUGAGCUACAAAAGAUCAUUGAUGGCAUGGGCGUUCCGGUGUAUGCGAUCGGUCCGCUUCACAAGAUAUCUUUAGGUGCCCAGAGCAGCCUGUUGGCUCAAGAUAGAACAUGUUUGGAUUGGUUGGACAAGCAAGAAGUAGGAUCUGUUCUGUUCGUGAGCUUCGGGAGCUUGGCAUCCAUGGAUCAGGAAGAGCUAGUGGAGACUGCAUGGGGCUUGGCCAACAGUCGCAUGCCAUUUCUUUGGGUGAUCCGGCCUGACUCGGUUCAGGGUUCAGGGAAGAUAGGCCUACCCGACGGCUUUGAGGAAGAGGCACGAGAUAGGGGAAUGGUGGUGAGCUGGGCCCCACAACAAGAAGUUCUUGGGCACCAGGCGAUUGGUGGAUUUUGGACCCAUAAUGGCUGGAACUCAACGUUGGAGAGCAUAAGUGAGGGUGUUCCAAUGAUAUGUAGACCACAUUUCGGCGACCAAAUGAUAAAUGCCAGGUAUGUCCAGGAGGUGUGGAAGAUAGGGUUUCGGUUAGAGGGCAAGAUGGACAGGGACAAUAUUCAGAGGAGUGUUAAAAAGUUGUUUUGCCACGACGAAGGUGGAGAGAUGAGGCGAAGGGCAAAUAAUCUCAAAGACAAAGCAACCCGGUGCAUUAUGAAAGGAGGCUCUUCACAAACUGGAAUUGAUUUGUUGGUGAAUUGCAUAAUGACAUUACCUUCUUCCAUUUAG